CGAGACGGACGCGGCAUGCUACAAGACAUCAGCUCUGCUGCAUACAAUGGUGUAGCACCCAGAGCCGUACGACAUGGGCACCACGGUGGUGUGUGCGCUGCUCUUCGGAGCCAUCUUCGGAGUGCUAUCGGCGUCGCUCAGCAAGACUCUGCGCUAUCAACCGCCGGACGAAUGCAAGUGGGUCGCGGUAGACAGCGGCUCCGACGACGACGUCGCUCUCGUUUGUCGGCUCCGCACUAUCAACAGUGAAUUAGAAAAUACCAACUUUAGUGUAAUCCAACCGCAACAUACAGUGAGAUUAAGACUGGAAUGCAGUGAUGCGCUUUUCUUUCAAAGUUCUCUCAGUGCCGGCAGCUUUAAACCCUUAGUGGAACUUCGCGAGCUUUCCAUAGAAUACUGUAAAAUCGGUAACCUCUCCGACGGAGCUUUCCGGGGGCUCAAGGAGCUUCGUAAUCUCACAGUGCGAACUCACAACACAGACUGGUCCGCUAUGACCCUAGAAGUGUCUCCUAAUGCCUUCACCGAGGAGUUGCGCCAAUUGGAACGACUAGACCUGGGUGAGAACAACAUGUGGAGUUUACCCGAAGGAGUUCUCUGCCCCCUGUACGCCCUAGAAGUGCUUAACUUAACGAAGAACCGUUUACGAGAAGUGACAAGUUUCCGGUUUGCGACUAAUCCCGCGGAGAGGUGCGGUGCGAAUUUAAGACUGUUAGAUUUGUCACGAAACAAUAUCGACCGCCUGCCUUCUGGUCAGCUAUCGGGGCUCGCGAGGCUGCAGAAAUUAUACCUGCAGGGCAACGGAUUAACGCACUUGGCGGACCGCGCUUUAGAAGGAUUGACGGCGUUAAAUAUAUUGAAGCUGUCCGAUAACAGGCUAGUCAGUCUCCCUCCGGAAUUAUUUUCCGACACCCGUGAUAUCCGCGAAAUGUACUUGCAGAAUAAUUCGAUAAACGUGCUGGCGCCCGGGUUAUUCAGUGAACUCACGCAGCUACUAGUACUGGAAUUGUCACAUAACGAGUUAACUGCCGACUGGAUAAAUGCGGCAACUUUUUCAGGAUUAGUGAGGCUAGUGGUGCUGGACAUUUCCUUCAACAGGAUAUCUAAACUGGAAUCUUCAGUUUUCCGUGAUUUAUACAGUUUACAAAUACUGAGGAUUAACGAUAACUUCAUAGAGACAAUACCAGAAAAUACAUUCUCCGCACUGUACAAUUUGCACACUUUGAUAAUAUCGAAUAAUAAAUUAACAAAGAUAGAUGGCGACACAUUCAAUGGCUUGUACGUGCUUUCAUUGUUGUCCAUCGACAAUAAUAAAAUAUCCUGGAUUCACUCGGAAGCAUUAAAGAACUGUUCGGGCCUUCAGGAUUUACAUCUCAAUGGCAACAAACUUGUGCAGGUGCCUGAAGUACUAACUAAUGUGCCUAUGCUGAAGACGCUCGAUCUCGGCGAAAAUCACAUAGACAUCAUAACAAAUGAUACAUUUACUGACCUAAAGCAGAUGUACGGGUUAAGACUGACUGAAAACAAUAUAGGCAAUAUCACCAAGGGUGUGUUCGACAAAAUGACGUCUCUGAAAAUAUUAAAUCUCUCUAGAAAUAAAAUACAGAAAGUAUCCCCUGGCUCCUUCGACAAUAACUUAAAUUUACAAGCGAUUCGUCUUGAUGGAAAUUAUUUGACUGACAUAGAAGAACUGUUUGCAAAACUACCAAAUUUAGUGUGGUUAAAUAUUUCAGACAAUCAAUUAAAAUGGUUCGACUACGCUCUUAUCCCAACAGGUUUGAAAUGGUUAGACAUACAUUCAAAUCAAGUUGAAGAACUAGGAAAUUAUUUCGAAAUCGAAUCGACCUUGUCCUUAAGCACAUUCGACGCCAGUUCUAAUAAACUAACGGAAAUCACCGGCAGCGCAAUUCCAAACAGUGUAGAAAUAUUAUUCCUAAACGACAACUUAAUAUCAAAAGUACAGUCUUACACCUUCUUCAAAAAACCAAAUUUAACGCGAGUGGAUCUAUUCGGUAAUAAAAUAACAAGCCUAGACCCCAACGCCCUCCGUAUAUCAGCGGUGCCGCCCGAAAAGGACCUGCCGGAGUUCUACAUCGGCGGAAAUCCGUAUCAGUGCGAUUGCACAAUGGAGUGGCUGCAAAAGGUCAAUGCUGGAAAUCGAGCGCGUACGCAGCCCAAGCUUGUUGACCUGGAGAGCAUCUACUGCCAGCUUUUAUACAACCGAGGUCAAACAUACGUGCCUCUCGUCGAAGCCGCUCCUUAUCAGUUCCUCUGCACCUACCAGACGCACUGCUUUGCCCUCUGCCACUGCUGUGAUUUCGACGCCUGUGACUGUGAGAUGACCUGCCCUACGAACUGCACCUGCUACCACGAUCAGUCCUGGUCGGCCAACGUGGUGGACUGCUCUUCCAGCGGAUACGUCGCCAGACUCCCCGAUCAGAUACCCAUGGACGCCACGCAGCUGUACCUCGACGGAAAUGACUUGCGGUCGCUGAACAGUCACGCUUUCAUUGGUCGCAAACGGCUCAAGAUACUAUUUUUAAAUAACUCCAAUAUCGAAAUUAUACAGAAUAGGACUUUCAACGGGCUCAAGGAGAUGGAAAUAUUGCAUUUAGAUGGGAAUCGCCUGGGAGAAUUGCACGGUUAUGAGUUUGACGGUCUGGAGAAUUUAAGGGAAAUAUUCCUGCAAAACAACAGAAUCACUAACAUACAUAAUUUAACGUUUGCCGGUUUGAGGAAACUGAGGGUUCUGAAAUUAGAUCACAAUCGACUGAAUAUUUAUAAUAUGUGGAAUUUACCUACGACCCUCAUAGACAUGACUUUGGCUUACAAUCCCUGGUCGUGCGACUGUGAUUUUACAGAGAAACUCCGCGAGUGGAUAAAACGCGGCGACGCUGUGCGGGAUUCUUCCUCGGUUAGGUGCGUGUACAACACCACGGACAUUGAUUAUUACAGUGAGGACACUUAUCAGGAUAAUCCCGAAGUCGGGUUCUACAUAACGCAAGAAAACGGCACCGUGUGUACCGGCGUGGCAAACAUAGACAAUAGCAUAAACGGUAAUUUAACUGCAACAAAGACUAUCAUCCAGCGCCAAGUCAUACAGGACUAUUUACCGCUUCUAGUAGUUACGUUGGCAGUUUUCGCGUUAAUAGUGUUAAUGACAUUGAUCCUGUUCAUAUACAGACAAGAAGUGCGCGUAUGGCUUCAUUCUAAAUUCGGAGUACGGCUUUUUCAGCGAGCGUCCGACCUAGACCGCGACGACAGAGAGAAAUUAUUCGACGCGUUCGUCAGUUACAGUUCUAAGGACGAGGCGUGGGUGGCAGAAGUGCUUGCCCCUGCGCUCGAACCCAAUUAUAAGUUGUGCCUGCACUACAGAGACUUCCCCGUGGGUGCCUUCUUGGCCGAUACGAUAGUGCAAGCGGUCGAAUCCUCCAAGAGGACAAUAAUGAUCUUAUCCGAGAACUUCAUUAAAUCCGAGUGGUGUAGAUUCGAAUUUAAAUCGGCGCAUCAUCAAGUGCUAAGGGACCGUAGGCGGAGACUUAUCGUCGUGCUGCUCGGCGAGGUGCCCCAGAAAGAUUUAGACCCCGAUAUUCGCCUCUAUCUGAAGACGAACGUGUACUUGCAGUGGGGCGACAAACUGUUUUGGGAAAAGCUGAAGUACGCUUUGCCGGACGUGCCCAACAACCAGCGGCACCCGGGACCGGUGAGAAGCCCGCACGUUCACCACCACGUACACAGGCACAGCGCCAGAGGCCAGGCCCCCAACCCUCCAGGAGGUAACAACGCGUCCAGGACGGUGGCCAUCCACAUAUGACAGUAACUGAAACUCUUAGUGUGACUAAUUCUAAUGUCAGCCUAUUGUGAUACUACGUAAUAUAGACUGUGAGUGCAAUGCGAGUGUCGGAUGUGAUAUAGUCAAGCUCGGGGUGUGUGAGUGCCUUUGAGGAAGACGUCGAAUGAGUGGUGAUCGUAUGCGAGGAACCCGAGCUACUCCGCUCAAUAACGGAGUCUAACUAGCUGUAAAUAUGGACUUGUAUAGUUAAGUAUAAAUCAAAAUUGUAUAUUUCAAACUGUAAAUAUUUAUAUAUUUUAUAUCUCAUAUUUAUUUUUAUACGAUUUUCAAUCACUUGCCUUUUUUUGUAUAUCUUAUAAAUACGCAUCUUUAAACGAAUUCCCGUAAACACUUAUGUACAGAUUACUUUUUAAAAUAACAUAGUAAUGGUCUUUUUUACGUUGUGAAUAUGAAUA